GGCAGGAGGUUGAAGCGGUGGAGGGUGGAAGCGCUAGGACCCCGGGUACCCAGAUCCCCGACCGCAGGAGAGUCCUGACCGCUCCCUGCAGGGGGCUCCGAAGCCCGGCGUCCUCGGUCGCACGCCUGCCGUCGGUUGGUCGGUCUCUGCCCGGUCUCCAGCCUGUCCUAGGCCCGGAUCGAUUUGCGGAGCCCUUCCCCAGUUUACCCCAAAGCAGCCCAUUCUUCUCACUACAGAGGCAGCCGGGCUCAGUUCCCUUAACUUUGCUGACCAGUGCAGAAACCGCUCAAACUCUUCACUGCUAACAGCACAUUUUAAGUAAAGCCUUGAAGGAAAAAAAAAAAAAAAAGGAAGAAGGAAAGAAAAAGAAACUUGGGAGCAGAGACAGAAGUGAAGAGAAUCAGAUCCCACAUCUUUGCAGAGACCCUCCACCACGGCCCGUCAGGUGGACGAGCAGGCUGAGACGAGCCAGAGCCCAUGGGCCUCCUAGGAGAACAGCUCUGAACAGGCGAUGUGGUCGUGAGGGAGACUCUGCAGGCCCUGCAGGAAGAGGGCUCUCGGGGCCAUGGCCCAGGUCAGCAUCAACAGUGACCUUGGCGAGUGGGGCUUCAGCACGGAUGCCGGGGAGCGGGCCCGUCUGCUGCAGAGUCCCUGUGUGGACUCGGACCCUAAGGGGGAGGCGGAGGCCUCUCCUGAAAGUCUGAGCGGAGGUGCCACGUCCACAUUUGGGGCCAUCUUCAUUGUGGUCAACGCCUGCCUGGGUGCAGGAUUGCUCAACUUCCCAGCAGCCUUCAGCACUGCCGGGGGUGUGGCAGCUGGCAUCUCCCUGCAGAUGGGCAUGCUGGUUUUCAUCAUCAGCGGCCUGGUCAUCCUGGCCUACUGCUCCCAGGCCAGCAAUGAGCGGACCUACCAGGAGGUGGUGUGGGCUGUGUGUGGCAAGGUGACGGGCGUGCUGUGUGAGGUGUCCAUUGCCAUCUAUACCUUCGGCACCUGCAUCACCUUUCUCAUCAUCAUCGGGGACCAACAGGACAAAAUCAUUGCUGUGCUGGCAAAGGAGCCUGAGGGGACCGGCAGCAGCCCCUGGUACACGGACCGCAAGUUCACCAUCAGCCUCACUGCCUUCCUCUUCAUCCUGCCCCUUUCCAUCCCCAGGGAGAUCGGCUUCCAGAAAUACGCCAGCUUCCUGAGCGUCGUGGGCACCUGGUACGUCACCGCCAUCGUAAUCAUCAAAUAUAUCUGGCCGGAUAAAGAGAUGACCCCAGGGGACGUCCUGACCAGGCCAGCUUCCUGGAUGGCCGUGUUCAACGCCAUGCCCACCAUCUGCUUUGGAUUUCAGUGCCACGUGAGCAGCGUGCCCAUCUUCAACAGCAUGCGGCAGCCCGAGCUGAGGACGUGGGGCGGGGUGGUGACGGCCGCCAUGGCCAUAGCCCUCGCCGUGUACACAGGCACAGGCGUCUGUGGUUUCCUGACCUUUGGCGCUUCCGUGGACCCUGACGUGCUCCUGUCCUACCCCUCCAAUGACGUGGCCGUGGCCGUGGCCCGUGCCUUCAUCAUCCUGAGCGUGCUCACCUCCUACUCCAUCCUGCACUUCUGCGGCCGGGCGGUGGUGGAAGGCCUCUGGCUGCGCUACCAGGGCGUGCCCGUGGAGGAGGACGUGGGCCGGGAGCGGCGGCGGCGAGUGCUGCAGACGCUGGUCUGGUUCCUGCUCACCCUGCUGCUGGCGCUCUUCAUCCCCGACAUCGGCAAGGUCAUCUCAGUCAUCGGGGGCCUGGCCGCUUGCUUCAUCUUCGUCUUCCCAGGGCUGUGCCUCAUUCAAGCCAAACUCUCUGAGAUGGAGGAAGUCAAGCCAGCCAGCUGGUGGGUGCUGGUUGCUUACGGCGUCCUCUUAGUCACCCUGGGAGCCUUCAUCUUCGGCCAGACCACAGCCAAUGCCAUCUUUGUGGACCUGUUGGCAUAACCACGGCCUCCCGAGGACCACACGGCCUUUGUC